AUGGAUAAAGGUCAAUUGAAUUCUGUAGUGUUUCUUGAUUUGGCCAAGGCAUUUGAUACGGUGGAUCAUGAGAUUUUGUUGAGCGAACUUCAGAUUUAUGGAGUUGAUUCAAUGAGUCUCAAUUGGUUUAAAUCGUAUCUAUUUGACCGAAAACAAAAAUGUAAUGUAAAUGGUCUAGUAUCGAGUGAGCGCUCGUUGGUAUGUGGGGUACCUCAAGGAUCUAUUUUUGGUCCUUUGCUAUUUUUUGUUUACAUUAAUGACCUUCCUUCUUGUCUGCAACAUUCUACAGCACGAAUGUAUGCGGAUGAUACAAAUAUAACUACAACUGGAAAGUCGAUAAAGGAAAUAGCAUCUGGAGCCAAUACAGAUCUUGAAAAUAUUCGCAUAUGGCUCAAAGCAAAUAAACUUACCCUGAAUGUUACCAAAACGGAGUAUAUGUUCAUUGCGUCUGACAGUAAUCUUGACAAACUGCAGUAA